GCAGCUAGCCAAAGAUGAGCUAGUUUGCUUUUUACAACACAGCGACUAGAGGCGAAAGACACGACGUGAAUAUUUGUAGCUGACUAACAGCUACAACAUUGACGAACUUCUAGUUAAUUGUGUGUGGCUAGUGUUGCUGCCGAAUAUAAAGACAAGACUCAUUUGCUGUAUCGUUUUUUACGGGGCAGGUCACUUCACCCCUUCCUGCAAUACAACCCUCCCCCCUCCCCCCAUCCACCUUUAAAUCCAUAAAAUCAACAUAACAAAGAUGGAGGAGCUCCAUGCCCACUGCCUGAACUGUGUGAACAGGAGGUGUAUGAUCCGCCCAGAGACCGGUAUGUCCUGUGAUCUAAUUCGCUGCCCUCUCGUCUGUGGAGCAGUCUUUCACUCCUGUAAAGUGGAGGAGCAUCAUUUACUAUGCCUGUUUGAAAGAGUGCCUUGCCUCAACACUGGAUUCGGGUGCCCUUUCACUAUCCCCCGGAUUAAGAUGGCUGAACACCUAGAGACGUGCCCGGCCAGUGUGGUGUGUUGCACCAUGGAGUGGAACCGUUGGCCUGUGAGCUAUUCAGACAGGAAGUCCUAUGAGCACCUGAGCGAUGUUGAAGUGGUGGAGCAGCUAGACAUGGCCCUGGCUCUGCAAGAUCAGAGGAUGCUACUGGAGUCCCUCCGAGUCACCACCAACACGUCAGAGAAGGAAUAUAAUAAACCAGCUGAGGAAACGCGCGACAAGAUGGCUGAUGUAGUGUCAGGUGUUCCAGAGACUGCCAGAAGUAAUGGAACGGUUGAAAUGGAUGAGGCUGCUGCUUUGACUAAUGGAGUGGUUGAAAUGGAUGAUGAUUAUGCGUCUUAUAGUGAGGUGCACAAAAUAAACUUAGCAGCUACCUUGGCCGUUCUCAGAAGUGCAAAGGACAUUGACUUGAUCAAUGUAAAUGUGGAAAAGAGCGGUGAGAGAAAUGGGGUUCUCCAUAGGGGAGAGGACAGUGAUGGUGAUGAUGAUGAUGAUGAUUUGAAGAAUGUAGAGGUGAAGACAAGUGACACAGAGUCGGGCUGUGAGCUCGGAGCAGUGGGCGGAGUCGCAGUGGACAGACAGGGAGAUGAUGAGAGCUACUGGAUAGAGUCUUCAGAGGAAGUGGAGAAGGACCACGUGAUGGGUCUUGCAGAGGUGGGUGGUCCUCCUCCUCUCAGUAACGGUUUCAACCAUACAGGAGACGACCAAAAUCACUUGGGACAGCGUGAGUGGAUGGUUCUAAGCAGAUCUCCGCCCAGACGCUCUGAAGUCAACAGGUUUUCAGACUUCAGGCCGGUGAUGCCUUAUCUCUCCAUGCCUAAUAUAGAACCCUCUGGGCCCCACCCUCCCCCACUACCCAUCCACCUGCCUCUUCCCAUGCCACUCCCUAAUCUGGAACCCUACAACGUGCUCCAGCAUCUGCCAUUGGAGAUAGAAGACAGCUGGCUGGAGAGGAAACUUCAGAACCUCCAGGUGCUCAGAGGGAUGAGUGUGUUUACGUUUAACGGGCGCAGGGCUCUGAUGUCUGACCCCUGUCUGUUCAGAGCCAAAACAGAGGACAGGUCAGUGGACACCUCAGACCUGGAGGUAACUGACGAUCCAUUGGGGCUCCAUGGAAUCGACCUGAUCACUGCAGCGCUGCUCUUCUGUCUGGGGGACUCCCCUGGGGGCCGCAGCAUCUCAGACAGCAGGUUUGUAGACGGUUACCGCAUCGACUUUGGUACCCAGACCUUCUCCUUCCCCUCGGCUAUACUGGCCACUAACACCAUGGUGGGGGACAUCGCCUCAGCGUCGGCCUGUGAUCACGCUAGCCCUCAGCUCUCCAACCCCAGCCCCUUCCACUCCCUCAGACUGGACCUGGUUCUGGAGUGCGUUGCCCGUUACCAAACCAAGCGGCGCACCAUGUUCACCUUUGUGUGUGGACAGCUGUUCCGCAGGGACGAGUUCUCCUCGCAUUUCAAAAACGUUCACGGGGACAUCCACGCCGGGCUGAACGGCUGGCUGGAGCACCGCUGUCCCCUGGCCUACUACGGCUGCACCUACUCCCAGAGACGCCUCUGUCCCUCUGUGCAGGGCUCCAGGAUCAUCCAUGACAGACACCUGGGUUCGUUUGGGGUGCAGCCCGACAUGCCUCCCCAGUACGGAGAUAAAACCCUCCCCAGGAAUGCCUGUCGGUUCGGGUCCACCUGCGACCACCUGAGCUCCCUGCCCUUCGAGGUGCUCCAGUAUGUGGCCAGUUUCCUAGAUGGCUUCAGCCUGUGCCAGUUGUCCAGGGUCUCUCGGACCAUGAGGGAUGUGUGUGCCAGCUUACUACAGUCCAGAGGCAUGGUGGUGCUGCUCUGGGAGAACACACGAAGGCCUGAUGGGUCGUCCUCAUGGCAGAUCCGAAACAAGGUGUGGCGAUUCAGCACGGCCUUCGGUACGGUAAACGAGUGGAAGUUUGCCAACAUCGCCAAUAUGGCCGACCAUCUGAAGAAGUGCAAGUUUAACAGCAUCACCUGUCGGGACGAGGCUAUCCCUCUGCCUUGCAUGUGCUUAUCCAGAGAGCUCACCAAAGAGGGACGCUCACUGCGCUCAGUCCUCAAGCCAGUAUUAUGAGUAACGCCGUAAAAGGGUUGGGAGUCCAUGGGUACGUCUGAAAUGACACCCUGUUAAAAGUAGUGCACCAUGAAGUCAUUAGGGGACCAUUUCAGACGCAGCACAUUUCAAUCAAUUAUAGUAAGUUCUUACAGAAGUACUCCCAGAAUUCACUGAAUUGAAAUGCACUCCAACCCUGCUCUAUGAUGAGCAAAUACAAAAUGCUGCUAUCGUUCUCUUCCAGACUUGACAGAAAAAGCCUGAAUUGUUUUCAAUGCAACCUAUUUGAUAUGUAUACACACUGAGUUUACAAAACAUUAGGAACACUUGCUGUUUCCAUAACAUACUGACCAGGUGAAUCCAGGUGAA